AUGCCGCCGCUUCAAAUCGACUUUGAGAAAGAGGCCAAAGGCCCCCGGCUGGUGUACUUUAAGGAGAUCUCCCGGAAUCACUUUGAAUACCAAUUCGCAGGCUUGCCGCUGCAGCGAAAAAUUGACGGCUUCGAUUUCGAGCCGAUCCAGCCGGAUGGCUUCGGGUUUGACGUGGAGGACUUUAGAAAUGCAAAACACCUCUCCGUCCGUGACGAUGAUGUUCUUGUGCUGACCUACCCCAAAAGCGGAACCACGUGGAUUCAGAAUAUUGUCUAUCAGAUUUUGCAUGGGAAAACGGCAGAAAUUCAAUAUAUGGCCUCACCGAUGCUCGAAUUCUUUGGGCCAGAAUACGUAGAAGGGCUCGAGUCGCCGAGGAUUAUUAAGUCCCAUCUCCGCCCCGAAAUGCUGCCAAACCUCAGUGAUGCAAAAGUCAUCUUCGCCGCCCGGAAUCCAAAGGAUUUAUGCGUCAGUUAUUACCACCAUUUCAAAAAUAUGAAGGCCUAUGAAUGUAAAGAUAUGGAAUUUGACGACUUUUUCGAAUUUUUCAUGGAUGGGACGACAAGUUAUGGCGAUUAUUUUGAGUAUUUGAAAAGGUUCUUCCCACUUUUAUCAAACGCAAACUGGUAUACCGUACUGUAUGAAGAUUUACUGGCCGAACCGAGGAAACAUAUUGAGGCAAUGGCGAAGCACCUCGGAGUCGAAUUGAAUUCUACUCGACUUGAUGAGAUCCUGAAAGCAACCAGCUUUAACGAGAUGAAGACGGCUGCCAACAAAUUUUUCCCGGAUGAAGUUUUCCGAAACAACGAGAAAGACCCUGACAGUCCGGUGAACACCCACUUCCGGCAAGGAAAAUCUGGGGAUUGGCGGAAUUGGUUGACAAAAUCCCAAAGCGAGCGUAUGGAUCAGAAGUGUGCGCGAGCCCUCGCAGGUACGGUAGCGGAAAAUUGGUGGAAAGAAGAGAUGAAAUGGAAA